AAUGCGUACAAUGAUGUCAGUGGCAAAAGUACACGACACUAAAAAUAGACACAGUGGCGUGUCGUCUGCUUGUGACACACCGCCCACCUCCCCCUCUCCUUCUCCGCGUCACACGCCAGGGAAAUCCUUGUGGCAGUGCUCAAGUAUAAAAGGGCUGAGUGCUACACGAGCCCAUACUUUCUUUUCGAGAUUGUCAGUGUAACAUAUCGGUGUAGCGUCCUAGUGGGACAGAACAUUUCGCGCCGUGGAUUCUAAUAAACUGGAUCACAACACACAAUGAAAACGCUGACUGACAAGUCCAUAGAUGAUAAACAAGUAACUGGCUCAGGAAAGUAUGUGUUUGUAGACCCACCAUCAACAAUGGAGGAAGAGCUAACUGGAUAUAAAGAGAAAGUAGAGAAUAUGAAACUUCUUCUGAAGCACUAUCAGGCUCAGCUAGAAUCUCAUAAAGUGCGCCGUGAUGGUGUAGAAACAGUCUCCAGGCUCCUGGCUGAGGCUCGACAGGAAAAUUUGACUUUAAAGAAAAACCAGGUCGCUUUGGAGACAACAAUCAAGAAUUUGCAGAAUAGACUUGUGGUGAAUGGAAUUUCGAAUGCAGCUACAGAGGAUGAUGAAGUUAUUGUGCCAAGUAUGUCCAAACAGACUUUCAACAAUCUAGCUCUUGAGAAUGCUCGACUAAGGAGCAUACUACACAAAGAGGGCAGUGAAAAUCUAGACAGUAUACAGAAAGUCAAAGAGGAAACGGAAGCAGAAAAGACAAUUGAGAAACUUAGGAUAGAAAAUACUAGCAUGAAGAUGAAGCUUUCAGAUCUAGAGACACUUUUCAAAUCUUCCAACAAUGAUAAGGACAAGCGUCUCAUUGCCUACCUGGAAGAAAUCAGACAGCUCAAGGCUCUAGAACAUGGUGGUACAGGGGAGCUGACAAAGUCACGACAGACUUUGGCAGCUUUGCCAACGCUUCGGGAGCAGUUGCGUGCAUUUGCACGACAUUGUCAAGACUUAGAGGGAGAGUUGGAAAAAAUGGAGGAGAUUCCAAAAGAAGUUGUCACUGUCAGCCGCCACAAUUCUGAGCGAAGGGACAGUACAGAUGGUGCUGAGAUCAGUCAACUACUAGAAGAGAAGAAGAAACUGGUGGAGAAAGUAGAAGAGGUCUCAGAAAUGAACCGACGAUGGCAGAAAUACUAUGAGGAACGGGAAAAAUAUACACAGAGCCUGGAGUUUAGGAUCCAGGAUCUGGAAAAGAGCUACAGUGAUGCUCUACGGGGAGGGGUCACAGAAGAACUUAAUAGACAAAUGGAGCAGUUGGUGACAGCAUCACGUGAGAAACUGGAACAAGUAGACGACCUCCGCCGAAAGGCUGAAAAUGAAGCAGAACAGCUGCGCCGUGUCUUAGGGGCCAAAGAAGCUGAGAUUGUGCAGCUCCAAGACCAGGUGACUAUUCUCUCCAUGUCGUCUCCACACAACCCAGCAGCAGACACCAGUACCAUUGAGUUGCUGAAGGCACAGAUACAAGUGUGCACAGAGGAUUUUGAAAAGGAAAGACAGGACCGACAGUUUGCAUUGCAAAAGGUUUCAAGUCUGCAGGAGCAGAUUUAUCGUCUUCAGAACCAGAAUGAACAUUUGCAAAGGAUUUUGCAAGGCCAUUCUUUGCCAAAUCGAACCAAUGCUCAGGAACAUGGACUUGAUUUUAACAAUCUUCAGCCUCGUGGAAGCCUUCGUAUGAACCUGGAAUACGAUGGCAGUUAUCCAAGGCACAGACCUCGGCUGCAUGGUAAACACGAUUGGUCCACACCAAUGCCGGACUUCCCUGAUUCCGAUGGGGAGACUCAUCAAGAGAACCAUGAGGCUGUCAAAGCACCAAUUUCUCUUCCAGCAGCUGCAUCUGAGCUGAUAGCACGUUCACCCAAACCUAAACAGUCUCCCCCAUCCUCCAUGCUGAUUUCUGAAGAGUCUUCUAAACAUGAAAACUUUUUGACUUGCCCAAAGUGCAACAAAGAGUUCUCUGAGGAAAGACAGUCUGAGUUGUUGGCUCACAUGGAUACUUGUUGGGAGUGACCUUCUGAACAUUUAGUUCCCAUGACUCAGUGAAUCCGCUGGAAUUUUUUUUUUUUAACACUUUGUUACACUUGGGAGUCUUCUCCUUUUCUUCUCUUUCUUUGAUGCUGUCUUAUCUGAAUGCAACAUAUUUUUUAUAAUUGUGUGUUGUGUGUAUUUUAGUGUUACAUGGUGAUCAUAUCUGUGUGUUUCUCUGUGCUGUUUGUUGUGUUAAAUUUGAAAAUUUGAGUAGGUUCUGCGUGACUGCUGCAUGUGCCAUAUUGAGCAACUGUUUGAAAACAGAAAGAACUGAGGUAAGGAUGAGGCUGUGACCUGCAUCACUGUGCAGCUGUUCAUUUUACCUAUAUUUUCUAAAAAUAUCAUUUUUGAAUAUACUAAAAUGGCAUGGAAUCAUGUCUAGGGACAUUAGCAUUUUCCUAAAAUGUAGCCUACUACUUAUGUCUUUAACACUUUAACUAGAUAAUUUUCUUUAGAAUAAUAGAAGUAUCAUUUUUAGAUGAGUGUUACUAUAAGACAUGUUGGGCAUCUAUUUAAUGCAGUGGUGUUUCAAAAAUUGUUUUUAAUGGAAAUUGAUCAGGAAUUUCCUCUUUGGGGGAAUUUUUGUUUUGUCCCAGGAAUGGCACAAGUCUCAGAUCAGUUUCCAUAUUACAGGUAAUCUUGAAAAGGGCUUCUGCUCAAUGUUUGUUUUUCGUGUGCAGCUAAUGAUUUUAAAAUAGUUUCUCAUUGUGCUUUUUUUAUCCACAAAUAGUUCAAUCUUUGGAGAAGCUUCUCAAACUUAGCUUGAUAUGCUUGAGACUUCAGCACUUACAGUGUUGUCCCUAUUCAAUUUUCUGUUAUUCUUCAGUGUGAGAAGAGGCACAAGCCUGGCAUUCUUUUCGUGGUGGUGUUAGAAAUAUGUUGAGCAAAAUUAAUUCCAUCAGGCUGUCGGAUCCAGUUCUUACCCUCUUUCCACUUUUUUGGCUUUACUCUUUAGUUGUUUUUUAUUACUUUUUUUUUCAUGCAGACAAGCUUUGGGAAGCUCUCCAUUUUUGAUUCUCUAUUGGUUGCAAGGUUUGCUUCAACUGUCUGCUUUGCUUAUCAUCUAGACUAGAGCAAACUUAAUCUGUCUCCAUCUCCAAGCCAGCAUCCAUGAUUUUUAAUGCAGGUUUUGAUUGAUUAACAUCUUACAAGACAGUUUUUAGUGUAUUUAUUUAUGUCUCAGCACAUUUUCUUAAAAGAUUGUUUUAUCUUAAUUUUGACUAUUCUAGAGGCCUUUUUUGUGGAUUUUCACUGUGAAACUGAACACCACUGCUUCAAAUAGCAGCAUUCAAUGGCAUGCAUGAAUAACACUCUGCCCUCCUACUCACUAUAGAAGUAUAUGUUGGCAGAUCAGCAAUAAUCUUACUGUUAACAGCAGCACAGAAUAAGAAUCUUGCUAACACCAGUCACAUCAGUAACAUUGAAGUUACUAGUUGACUAAAAAAACCAAUGAAAUGUUAAAGUUUUAUCUGUUUUAGUCCGAAUAUUAAGAUAUAUUGAAAAGGAAAAUGAUCCAUUCUAUUGUCGGCUUUUAGUAUAAAAAAUGGUUUUACAUUUAAAAGUGGAUUAUGUGUCUGUGUGUGUACAACUAGUUGGACGGCAGAUUGUCAGUAAUGGUCACCAUCCUCAGGGAAUAUAUGUGUCUCCAUGUGUGUUUGUGGAGGGGUUGAGGGAUAUAUUAUGUGAAUGUUUAGAGAUAUGUUUUGUAUGAGUACAUUUCCUUGCUGAUAGUUGUGUUCAGUGCUACAUUUCUUUUCUGGAAGGAGCUAGUGCUCUUUCAGUUGUUUUUUUUUUUAAUUUACUGUGACAUUUUCAGCUUUUGGAGAGCCUUAAAAACAGAUUCAAUAGACAACAGAAAUUGACUUUGUUCCCUAGUCUUGUACUAGCAGCAUUAUGCAUGUGCAACACUGCACAUUCCAUAACUUAUGUUGCUCAAGACCCAUUUUGUAGACUGGUAUUGUCAGAAUAUGUCAUCAAUGUAUUAUUUUUUACUUAUAAAUUUAGAAGUCCAUUGGAAUAAAUUUUGUGAUUUUGAUGAUGAGUGGUCAGUAACAUGAUGUGCUGCAUACAGAGCUGCCUACAACUUGGCAUUUUUGGGAGACCUCUGCCUAGUACACGUAACAGCUUUGGAAGCAGAUCAUUUACUGUGCCAUCAUCUUUGCUUGGAAAGAAAAAGAACAAAACCCCCAUCUACUUUUCUCUGUUACAAUUCUGAGACCUUUAUGCGAGUCCAUUAGACUUAUUUAUUUCCCAAAAAUUCAAUCCAUUUCUGUUGUCAGCGUAAACCUGUAACCUUUUAAGGAAAAAAGCGUGAUAUGUGAGAGUCUUCAAUAAUGGGUGCAAUAUAUGUGAUGGGAUUGCUGGGGUACAAAGGAGUUUUCUCCCCUUUAUUUCCUUUCAGUUAUUUCUGCUUUGUGAUUGUUAACUGAAAAAGUCUCUGUGCCAAGUAUCAGGCCUUUUAUAAAAUUCAUUUCUACCAGUAGAUACUUAGCAUAUUGAGAACUAAUCACAUAACAACGAAACAUAUGUAGACAGUUUGAAAAGAAUUGGUCGCUUGAAGAAGUUUAAAUUUUGUAACAUUUGACAAUGUAAUUCUAGUACCUUUACUGUUGCUAUUUUUCUUAUGGUUAUAGAAGGCUUUGCCAAGCAAUUCUUUAUCACUUUGUUAAUUUUUUUUUUGAGAUUGUAGAUGUUUACAGUAUAAUUGUGUUGCAUAUUCAGGGCUUCUGCUAAGGCUAAAUUCUUUGGGGUCCCAAUGACCCCUUCUUCAGAUUUUUAAGGGGUCCCUGUUCUUCGCCGAAAUUUGAAGGGGACCCCACUGACGAAAAUUGAAGGGGCCCUCCAAACUUUUAAUGCGUACUGUACACAAUUUUUUGCGUAAGCAGAAGCCAUGAUAUAUAUACUACUGGCUAUAAAAGGCUAAUCUGGCUGCAAAUAUUGCUAUUAUACUAAAGGCCAGCAUGUGUCAUAGGGUAUAAACAUAAUACAUAGGUUGUGAUACUCAGUUGACCGAAGAUGACAUUUUCUAGGCCCAGCAUAGCUUGAUAAGUGUUUGUGGAAAAUGUUGCGUACUUUUUCACUCAAGAAUUCACUGAAAUUUUUUGGGAAAAAAAUCAUACGGAGGACUGUCUGUGAUCAAGCUGCCUUGUGUGAACUUUUCUUUCAUUGAGGUAAUGUAUGUUUUGAGCGCUUUGAUUUUUACUGUCAUGUGGAUAUCACAAAGUACAGAAUAAACAGUUCUGAUGUUGAA